GUGUACGGCUGGUUCUGUAUCUGAUUGGUAACGGUAUAUCAAACAACAGUAUGGUUUUAUGACUACAGUGUGCAAGGUCCUUAGCUAGUGAUCCUUGGCCACUAGCACUUGCACCAAGGUUUAGAGAACCUUCAGUAAACAACACGCUGAAACCUUCGACGUUACUAUGGCGUUAACGAGAGGCUUCAUGCUUCUUGCCUUGCUGGGCUGCACCCUUGGCCUGUCAGCGGCCAGGACUACGUAUGUCUUCGUCAUCUUUGGCGACAGUCUGUCAGAUACAGGCAACACCCUGCGUGCCGCGGGAGUUCCUGACCCCGCCAUUUACUACAAGGGCAGGUUCACCAACGGACCCAACUGGGUGGAUCGUUUGAACGCCACUUUCGCCAAGAAGUGCACUGCAAAGGUGUUUAACUACGCGUAUGGCGGCGCCACUGCCUGCCCCAAUCCCGGCUACUCCCAGAUCUAUCCUUAUAUCAAGGACCUCACCAACCAGACGGCGUCCUUCCUGUCCGACUACAAGACCGGCAAGAUUCCCCGCGGACCGGGCGUCAAGAUCAUACCCAUUCAGUGGAUUGGCAGCAACGAUCUGAUGCUGACGCUCAUGGGCGCACUCAACGACGCCCACACCGACCCCCUGCAGCUGGCCGCCACCAUCAACGCCACCGUGGCAUGCCGCGUGCAGUGGGCCAAGACGCUGGCACUGGCCGGGCUGAAGGACAUUGUGAUGCUUCCCAUGAGCCCUGUGCACCUGGCGCCGCUGCUGCCGGCGGCUGCGAAGCCGAUGGUCAUACAAGCGCUGAACGCCCUAGACACGGCCACCACAGCCGCUGUGGGGGCGUUGCAAGCCCACCUCAAGACCAUCCAUGGCAGCCGCCCCGCUGCUGGCGCUCGGAUUCACCUGCUUGGAAACUACACCUGGAUUGAGGCGGGCGGGCAGGAGGUGAAGCCGCCGUUCACGGACAUGACAGGCCCCUGCGUGGCUAACUACCUUCCAUUGGUGAUCCACCCUGGCCUCGAGAUCUGCGCCAACCCCAACGACCACCUGUUUUACGACACGCUCCACAUCGGCAGCCGGUUCCAUCAGUGGCUAGGAGUCAAGGGCAUCCUGCCACGCCUGCAGCAGCUGAGGUUACUGCCCAAAACCAUCUAAGGAUUGCAAGCAAGGACUCCUUCCUUCUUCCUCGGUAAUUUAGUCCUCGUGUUGAAACCAGGAAGCAACAAGGGGGGUGAAACGUGUGACCGCUGUUUGAAGUCGUGCUCGCUCGUAUGUUUCAUGAGAACUGCCGCUGGUCAUCGUAAUUGUCGAUUGUGCCCUGCGAUGUGCCUCGCAAUACGCCCUGCAUGCGUCCACAAGUACAUGCGCGGAGUAACUACUCGUGCUUUCAGUGUGAUUUUGUUGCUCGUGCAUGCGUGUUCAGGUAACGAAGACAUACCCUCACUGCAUGCGUGUUGCCAUGUCGCACUGAGGGUUUGCACGACACGCAUGACAGAUCGGUUUAACACGCGGUCUGGACGCGGUCUGUCUCCGGCAUAUACCAUAUUGGCCAACUGCAUUACUGCAUUAGGGUGAUCUAUUGUAUCUGUUGUUUUGUACGGUUCUGUUGUAUAUCUUUCGUACGCUGCGAUUCUUUUCUUUUCGGUCGUCAUCGAUCUGCGAUCCUUUCGGCGCAGAGAAGUGCCUGGAGCUGCUGCUGGGAUGUACCGGUGUGUGUAGAAGUAGCAUGGAAGUGAGGUUGUUUGGCAGGGAUCCCUAUCUACCCAUCCUUGAAGGAGGUGUUGGUAUUAAUCUGUGCGCUCGUGUAUGCGGCGAAACAAG